ACGCGCAGUGCUACGCACGGCUGUAGCGAAAAAUCAAACACGCAAGCAAGGUGCGUCGCGCGUGGACGGUCACUCGCCUCCGCUCCCUCCCUCCAGAGCGUGUCACCUGCAGAUCGGGAGCUGGCGUCUCUGGGUUGUCUUAAUUGUCGCGCGCCUUCAAAGCGCGCGAUCGAGCGCGACGAUCGGUUCCGGCCGCCGAUCUGUCCCUAAACGCGAACAUCUACCGCGGCCGGUAUUGCGGAUGUCAUCUCCCCUAGCCCCUCAUCCCGCGUGCAUUAAACACGCGCCUCGCUGGCGCAACCUCCAUACUUACUCGAUAAACUCUCCCGCGCUCAGGCGUGCGUUGGAUCUCGACCUCCAACCCCGUCCCACAUCUGAAGUCACGGAAGUGCCAUGGCGGGCAAGGCGAAGAUCUCGUAUUUUUACGAUCCGGACGUCGGUAACUUUUACUACGGUCAAGGUCACCCGAUGAAGCCCCACCGCGUCCGCAUGACGCACAACCUACUUCUUCAUUAUGGCGUAUACAAGGAGAUGGAGCUGUUCCGUCCCGCCCUCGCUUCCGCGGAGGACAUGACUCAGUUCCACUCUGACGAGUACAUCGAAUUCUUACGGUUGAUAACCCCGGACAACCAGCACGAACACAUGAGGCAACUGAAACGAUUCAACUGUGCGGAGGAUUGUCCCGUGUUCGAUGGAUUGUUCAACUUUUGCCAAAUCUACACCGGUGGGAGCGUAGGAGGGGCGGUGCGUUUGAAUCACAAGCAAACUGACACGGUCGUUAAUUGGGCUGGUGGAUUGCACCACGCAAAGAAGAACGAAGCGUCCGGGUUUUGUUACGUUAACGACAUCGUGCUCGCCAUUCUCGAGCUUCUUAAAGUCCAUCAACGCGUGUUGUAUAUCGAUAUCGAUAUUCAUCAUGGCGACGGUGUGGAAGAAGCUUUUUACACCACCGAUCGCGUAAUGACAGUUUCGUUUCACAAGUUCGGCGAGUAUUUCCCUGGCACCGGUCACCUUCAAGACAUUGGGCAGCACAAGGGGAAGCAUUACAGCGUAAAUGUUCCGCUCAAGGACGGCAUCGACGAUGAAUCAUACAAUAUGCUUUUCAAACCUGUCAUGGCGAAAGUGAUGGAGAUGUAUGCUCCGGAUGCAGUCGUAUUUCAGUCCGGCGCAGAUUCCUUGACAGGAGAUCGCCUUGGCUGCUUCAACCUUAGCAUCCGAGGACACGCGGAGUGUCUUAAGUAUAUGAUGACCUUCAAUGUGCCUUUACUUGUGUUAGGCGGCGGCGGGUAUACGAUCCGAAACGUCGCGCGGUGUUGGACUUACGAGACAGGGUGUCUUCUUGGUCACGAGCUCGAUGAUAAGAUGCCGGUGAACGACUACAGCGAAUAUUAUGGCCCCACGCAUACGCUGCAAAUAUCGCCUUCGAACAUGGAGAACCAAAACACGCCAGAGUACCUCGAAGGCGUGCGGAACCGUAUUUUGGAGAACCUCUCAAAAAUCGCACCUAAACCGUCCGUUCCUUUUCACGAUGUUCCCCCAGAUGCGAUCACUCAAGAGGCACAGGAGGUGAAGGAAGACCCGGAUGCAAAAGGUGGUGGUGCAGAGGCGGAAGCAUCCAGAAGAGCGCAUCACUCCGAGCUCGAGCCGGGCGAGGGAGAUCGCGAUGACAGACCAUCACGUCAGGACCACGACACGCGCGACAUGAACACUGUAACUACAUACGAGCCAGGCUCUCAUAAAUUUGAGGACGCUAUCAAGGAUGAAGAAGAUGCAUCGGAUGUUGAUGCGAUAGCUGAGCUCGGAGAUGCAGCUGCUGCUGGCGAUCCGGGUGAAGACGCUGAUGCAAAGGUGAAAACGACGAAUUGUGAUGAGUUGGUUCUCGACAGAGACUAUGCCGACGGAGGUCUAGGUCGCGACGACAGCGAUGAACUUGAUCGGGCACCUUCGGUCUUGCCUGGGAUAAUUUUGAACGACCACGACGGUCAGUGAACUGACCGUAGUGGAUAUGAGAGGGGGGGAGGGGGAGACAUACGCGACUUACUGAAAAAAAACGCGAAAUUCAUUGUUC